CAAGGCUACACGAUAAGCGACGAAACUCCUAAGGAAGAAAGAAGACAAACGGAGACAACCUCCGAACCUCCUGCACUCUACCUAAAGGCAAAGAACGGAAUUACAACCAGAUACGGAAAACAAGAAGGAUCAACAGGAGACCGAGGAGAAGACCGCCGGAUCAAAGCCCCAUCCUCUCUGAAGCCGCUUGUUCCUCGGAGCAGGAUCGACAUUCUUGAAGAUCACCAUAGCUUGUCUGAGUGGGCCAUGAGUCGGAUCAUGGAAGCUGGUCCACCAAAUAACAGAACAUAUGCAGAGAUCAGAGAAGGGCAAGUAGACUGAGAAAGCAGCCACUUAUCAAUGCAACCAACAUGGAAUCUGUGGCUGCAUUUGGGGAGCACCCUCGUGUUCUCUCCCGGCGAGAAAUCCAUGAGGCAAAUGGCGCAGGCUAAGGGCGGCGAACACGAUGGCGACGGGCCUGAGUUUGCAUAAGUCGAGGUCGGUAGAGCUUCCGCAUCUUUCUUCUUAAGACCCGGGACUGACCGGCGAGACGCCUCCACCCAAUGGACGGGCUCGUGGACCAAACGCUGGGCGCACUGGACGACACAUUGUAGCAUAGAGUUAAGACCUAGGGCGCAUAACAGGGCGCACAGCAUGGCGGCGAUUAUCACCAUGACGUUGAGGUUGAUCGCCUCCUCAUUGAACUGUCCGUUCCGGGACGGGG